AUGUUCAUCAUGGAAGCAAAUGUAAAAUCCGACAUCAGCUCAUAUGGACCAUCGAAUGUUGUCGUUGCAUUAGGACCACAAAAGGUGCCAACAAAAAGAAGACUGUCGCAAUCAAAGUUGCCAAUGAAUCAAAAAGUAGCGAGAAGAAGACGCCGAUUUGAUAGCUCGAGUUCAUCGAAAUCGGUAGAUCAAGGCGACGAUGGCACGGAAGAAGAUGAAGACACAGAAGAAGAUGAGGGAUUUGAUCAUACUAGCGACAGUGAUAAUGAUCAAAAAACUUUAAAAAAGCAGCCGACGCGGUGGUCAUGUCAUACACAUGUCCUGUACAAAGAAUCACCUUAUUUUGCAUCAUUGUUUGGAGAGAAUUUCAUUGAAUCCAAAGCCAGUAUUGUUUACUUGCCAUCCAGCAUCAUUGAUCGAAUGGCGCUAUACAGCAUCCUAAGAUUCAUGUACACCCAUCAAAUCAACAAACCAAAGACGAUCAAGGAAUUAUGCAACAUGUAUUCUGCUGCAGACUAUUUAGGAAUGGAGAAAUUGUGCAUCAUGUUAACGGAAAUAGUGAUUGAAUCGGUCCACCACUGUAUCUGCUACUGUACCUCCUGUAUCGCCAACGUACCUGAACUGUUCCCAUUUUGCAGGACUCGAUCUCUGGAAUUGCAGGACGAAAAAAUGGCUGUCAUGACACAAAAGGUCAUUACCAUCUUGGCGAGUGAUCCAGAAAAGACACUCUCCACUUACUGGACUAGUCGUCACAUGGCUCUACUUUUGAUACAGCUUCCACAAGAUGUUAGUCAGGCACUGUCGCAAAAGGUGCUUCAUCGUGUGAAUAAAUCAAACGCAAUCGAAUCACUCUAUUCCUGCUUUACAGCAUCCAACACCUUGUCAACCAACGACCCGUUGCUUUCCUGGAGUAAGCCGUUGCAUGCAACCCUGACAUCAGUCCAGUCUCGUGCUACAAAGAUUAUUGCUCGCCAUUUCGAUUUCUAUUGCUGCCAAUACCCUGCCUUAUUAUCAUGUAUCGAUGGAAUCACCUACUCGUUUGACUUUCUAGAGUAUCUAUUAUUGCAUAUACUCGAGGAUCAAAUGGACUGUAGUAAUGUCGGUAUACUAUAUCAGGGCAUUGUUUGUGAUUUGAUGUCCAGACAUGCCGUUCAGCAUAAUGAUCAAGUGAAGCAUAUUCUCAGCGUUGCCAAGGUAAUGGUGCUUCAUUACAUAACUCGGCGCAUCAGCGAUAUCCGACAACAGGGUGGUCUGGAUAAACUGGAUAAAGCUAUAUUGAAAUUACUUGCCGAUGACCUGGAUGUACGACCUAAAUCACUCAUUAGCUCAAACCACCCACUCUUUCACCGUGGUAUAUUUUCGUUCUUGCUGCCGUCUAUACCCACACUUCACCUAUCCACAUCGACGCACACCAACGGACUAUCGAGACACUCCUCGCGCUCUACAUUGCGAACGACCUCUGGUACAACCGCCACACGCCGGGUUAGCUUACCUGUGACAAACAAUGAGAACUCGUCCGCAUCGGCUUCGCCUUCAUUCGCCAGUCAGUUGACUCGGUUACUCAAGAAAAUUGGAUCAAGCCAUCAUCGUCGUCGUUACAGUAGCAGUGCUAGUGCCACAACGGGAUCAUCACCACAGCAACAGCGAUUAGCAAACCGAACACUGUCUACUUCAACCGUGCGUACGAGUAUAUCCACCUCUUCCACUUCUUGGUCACAAGUACGACUAACAGACACCAAGAAAGAAAGAUCCAUAUCCUUCUCGAGCAUAAAACACAGAAAGUUACUGCGUGGCCAAGUGAGUGCACCCAUGGUGGGCAUGCAUAGACGAGUUCAAUUGACAAGAAGACCCACAUUGACGGUUGGCACAGUCGAGUUUAUUGGCCAUGUUGAGUUUGCAGACGGUAUCUGGAUUGGUGUUGAGCUCGACAGAAGAGUGGGAAAGAAUGACGGAUCUGUUGAUGGCCAUCGUUAUUUUACCUCGUCUCCCAACAGAGGUGUGUUUGUUCGACCUGAAGAUAUUUCUUUGGUUGUCUAA